AAACAUAACAUCCUUCUGGACCUUCUCUCAUCUAGCUACUUUCAUCACAUGGCUGCUCCCGCUCUCAACAAGUUGGCCGCCGUCGUGCUCCUGGUCGCCCUGUGCGCCGCCGCACUGGCCCCGGCCGUGUCCGGGCAGCCGAUGGAGGCGCUCGCGACGUGCAUCGACGACUGCGGGUGUGUGCCUUGCCCGGAAGGAGAGGUCUGCAUCACUGUGUGCAGGCCCCCGCCGGCCUGCGAGGCCAGGUGCCGCUGCACCUUUUCUGGCACAGGCUGCUAGGCCGGCUGUGACCUUGGCACGGCCCGUCAGGAAGCCUGGCGACUCAUACGAUUCUACUGUGUAUUGUAAGCCUGUCCAUGCAUGUACGUGUGUUUGUGUGGUAAUAAAGUGUCAACGGAUCCAUCCGUUGGGGUUGUUGAUCAGUUUCUCAUCGUACAAUGGCCUAUUGGCUAAUUAGUAAGGAGCAACCUAUAAUUGACUGUUUAGGAGCAGCCUAUGGUUGUUGAUCAGUUGCUCACUUUUGCUCAGUCGUUGUCUACCGCCAGACAAAAUAAAAUAAAAUAGAAAUAUUAUUUU